AUGGCGAAAUCGGAUGAGCUCAUGCUCCAAGAGCAAACAGCUACUGAUCGCCCUACUGCACCCAUGCCGUCCAAUCCCACCAGCGCUGAAGGUGGCCUCGUACAGAAAAACCAAGCACUCGACGCCGCGCUUGACACUGUGCCGGCUGAUCGCUUACGAGGUAUCAUCAAGAAUCUAUGCCUCAUUUCCGAUAGCGCAGAAAAACAUAUCAGUCAGCUCCUUCUUGCCCCCGAGGAAAAUGACAACCCAACAUCGAAGCGCAAGCACUCUGCAGCGGAUGAGAACGUUGAAGCAAGCAAUAGCAGCAAGCGGACGAAAGGUCAGUACGCCAUAUGCGUACAAUGCGACGGUGACUUCGAACUCGCAUUGAAUGAUGGGAAGGAUUGUCGAUAUCAUCCAGGUCAGUCUACGAUUCAACCUUGUAUCGUGAUCUCUGGGCUCAUUAACUCACCGGAACGUGUAGGAGAGGGGGAUACAGGCGAGGAUCCCGAUAUUUGGGAUCCGUUCCACGAGGGCUUGCAUAUAAGCUUCAUUGGUCUAAAGGAUGGAAUUCCGCAGAGUUUUCAAUGGACGUGCUGUGGGAGGGCAGGGCAUAGAGGGGGGUGUAAGAGAGGUCCGCAUCGAAAGGACGACAAGGAGGCGGACGAGGAGAGCGAUGAGAAUGUUCCCAGCGAUACAGAUUCGGAAGAUGGUGAAGACCGCAACAACUCGAAGGAUGGUGGCGAGUGA